UUUUAGGCUCCAAUAUCUGCUGUUCCACCUCUUCAAACACUGUUUCUCUCUGCCACUCAAAAUCACCAUGGAAUCCCUCAAACUUUCUCUCUUUCUUCUUCCUCUUCUCUUUGCUUUCAUAGCCUUUUCUAACUCAGUGCUCUCUGAUGAUAAGGAGGACAGUGUGUUAAAGGGAAUCAACAGCUACAGGCAGACAAAAAAGCUGACACCCUUGGUCGAAGUUUCGAAGGCGAAAUGUUUGGCCGGUGAAGUUGCAGAAGAAAUAGAGAAAACAGCAUGUGAAAACGUGAAUCAAUUCUACCCAACUGUUUCUGGUGGCGGCAACAUCCCCAACUUGAGGAAGCACAUUGAAAAAUGUGACAUCAACAUCACUAGCACCACAGAUGGAGUCAUUCUCCCAGUUUGUGUCCGCAAAUUGGAACCCACCAUUGUGCUCUCUAAUUACACUCAUUCAGAUCGUUAUGCACAGUUUCUCAACAAUUCUAAAUACUCGGGAGCAGGCCUUGGUUCUGAGGAUGAUUGGAUGGUCCUUGUUCUUACCACCAACACUGUCAGUGGGAGUUUCUCUGCUUCUGCUUCCUCAACUUGUGUUAAUUCUAAUGUUGUUCUUUCUGUGGGGCUUUUGCUCUUUGCUUUGCUGCUUCUGCUCACCAACUUCUUUGAUUGAGCACUUUGCUUUCUUUUCAGCUUCAUUUUCUGGAAUGUGGACCCUUUAAUAUCACUUCUGUUUGUGUAAUGUGAAAUUUAUGAAUUAACUUGUGUGUUGCUGUUA